ACAUCCGGGAAAGAAACCUCGACUCUCAGACUGUCUGAACGUGGAAUAACUUGUUUACUCAUCAGGAUUCCCGAACAGUAAAUCUACGAAAAGAUGACGACUUCUCCUCUUCCUGUCUUAGAUAGCAGAGAUCCCCGUCUGAAACUCAAUGUGGAAAACAGAAUCAGAAACAUUUUUGUAACCCAGUCGGCGGACACCAGGUAGGCCCAGGAGAAAGAUGUCAACUACAUACCUGUUGUAACAGAGACUUCAAGCAGAGUCCUUGAAGCCGGCGUGAACACUUUGCAAAAGACUCUGGUUCUGAAGAAACAGGCUGAGUUGGACGAGGUGGACAAGAAACUUGCACUCAAACGGAAAGAGUUUAAGAGCUGUGCGGAGGCUCUGGCGCAGAGAAAGUCUGAACUGGAGAUAAAACAACAGCAGACUAAAGAGAGGGCAAUGAAAUUUGAAAAGUUUGUGGCUGAAAAUGAAAUGAAGCGACGUAGAGCGCUGAAGAAGUAUGAAGCAGGACGGGAGCAGAGCAUUUUGAAGCAGAGAGAGAUAGAAGAUCUGACAGAACAGCUGAAACAACUUCGGGCUAGACAACAAGUUUUAAAAGAGAGAGUGACAAAGUACAAAAUCUACGAAGACUACCUGACGAAAACACUAGAUUAUCUCCCCAGCACUUACCUUGGUAAUGGGUCUGAAUCUUUGGUUAUGCCCAUCAUUCGACGUCACGAGACCCUGUCCAUCACCAACCAGGAGCUGCUGCGACGUUUGGGGCGCCUGGAGGAGGAGGUGGAGGAGGGCCAACGACAACUGCAAACCAUGAAGCAGGAGCACAGCAUAAAGAAAUUGAUGGUCAACAAAGAACUGUCUGAACUCCAGAGUGAGUUAGAAACCCUCAAAGAGAAGAACAAGCAAGCAGAGGCAAACCUGCUGAUGGAGCAAGGCCUGUCCAGAAAGAAGGUUGAGGAAGUGGGAAGCUUGCUGAUGGCCAUCAACAACCUUGCGGAGCAGUGUUAUAUACCAGCAUAUGGACCUUUGGAAAAUAUGAACGUAUUGAUGAUGAUGGACAUGGUGAAGGAGUACAUUCUGGACAAGGCAGACACGGAAAGGAGAGCGAGGAGACUGAUGGAGUCUGGGUCUGCUAUGACAAGCAGAACAGCCCUGACAGACAAAAGAGACAAGGGAUCAAUGAAAAGCAUUGGCAGUAAAACACAAAUCAAAAGUUCAAGUAAAGUCAGUAGAAAGAGUGAGACAGUGGAUUUAUGCAGAACUUCUACAACUUCUCAUGGUGCUAUUGCUGACAGCAAUCUACAUUUGUUGAGUAUGAAAGUUCAUUUCUGACAAUGGAAACAGCAGCUUGACAAAAAGAAAACAGAAACUUUUCAACAUGAGAUGAUGAAGACUGAGAUGCAGUUAAAAACUCUGGAGAAAGAAAACCCUAAUGAACUUUGUGUUAACAAUUAAGAGAGGUUUGACUCUUUGAUUUCUGAGUUUGUGUAACAGAGUUUCAGUGUUUGAAACUCUUGAUGCAAAAUGCUGUGCACAUGUUUCACACUUAAAUUUUCAUAUAGAAUUUGGAGUCAAGGCGGGUGAUCAUGAGUAUUCCAGCAUCGUCACUUUAGAAAUGAUAAAUGCAUCUCUGGAAUGUAAUUGUUGCAUUUUAAAAUUUAAUGUUUGCAAUCAAAUGAUGCCAUCAGACAGGAAGUAAUACUCACCAAAACUGCAGUGGUAUGUAUGGCGUUUUCUCAGAUUUAGAUUACACAAACUGCAAUGAGAAAAGAUUUGCAAUUUACAAGGAAGUGUUUUGUAAAGAUUCUUUGCUGCCUUUGCCUGAUCCAUGUUGUCAGACAAUCCUGUACAUACAGGUUUUCUAACA